GUGGUCAGGAGAAAGCUAAAAUGGCGCCGAGUCCAAGUGUUGAUGUUUGCACCCUGCGAGAUUUUCCCUGUUUCUAGCUACGUUUUGCCUACAAGGAUCAGCGAAGCUGCUUUGCAAGAAUGAAUGUGACUCCAGAAGACAACACGGAGGUAGUGAGGAUGAUGGGAGAUUUUAACUCCUACCUCGCGGAGGGGAAGAGACAACACAGCAACUCCUCACUUCUCUUCAACAUGGGAGAUACCACUGCAGCCAAGGGGGACCUCACCAUGCAACUGGAAGCCUCCAGAUCAGAUGACAGCACAGUGCAAUGGGACAGGCCGGAAACCGCAAAGAGAAAUCGAGUCCGAAGACAUGAGCAGCAGCAGGCCAUAGAGAGAGAAGGGGAGCUGCUGUUGACUCGCAGCAAGGUCGCCAAACUGGAGACCGCCAUCACACAGCUGGAGACCGAGAAAAAACGAGACAAGAUUGAGUUUGAGAAGGGACAAGAGACGUUCAGGCUUCAGUAUGAACGUGACCUAGAACAGGUCAACGACCUACGGCACAAGCUGGAGUUUGUGGUGAAGGAGGAGAAACAAGCGAAAGAGGAGCUCGCAGAAGAGCGGAAAAAACUGACGACGAUGAAGACCCAAAUGGAGCAGAGGAUGAUGGGAUUGCAGCGGGAGAAGCUCUGUAUACAAGCGGAAUUAGAGGAGCUUAGGGAAACAUCCAGAAGCCAGAUAUCCAGCCUACGCAACCAGGUCAAAAGACUUGAGGCAGAGCUGGAGAUGAGUGACAGCGAGCUUGCAGAAGCGCAGCAGCAGGUGCAGCACCACCGAGGACAGGCGCAGGCGCGGCUGGAACAGGUGCAGCAGCUGCAGGAGGACAGGAUCAGGGCUGUGACAGCUGAACACAAGGUCAAGGAACUUGAGCUGCAGCUGAGCCAGGUGCAGGAGUCGGCUGCGAUGGCCAAGCUGAUGAAGUCUCGUCUGUCCAGAUACGAGCAGCUGGAGAAGGACAACAAGAAACUCCUGGAACAGAACAAGUUCUACAGGGAGACCAGUGAGAAUAACCAGUUGUUAAGGGAGAAACUUCUCAGUCUGGAGACGAAGUACGGGCGAGCUGAACACAGCAACCUGGAGCUCAUCAAGGAAGUCGAGGAUCUUCGAGCAAAGCUGAAGCAAUGGGAGGGCAUCGACCCAAGUGGAGGUCAGCUUCCAAGGUCCCCAGCUGAUAUAGCCAAGUGGAUCGCCGAACUGCAGAGAAAGGAGGCACUUCUAACAGAAAAAACUGGCCAGCUGACUUCCAGCGCCCGUGACAGUGAGGCAGGCCAUAAGGCCGCGACCGGGCGUCUACGGGAGGUGGAAUCUCAGCUGUUCGCAACGACGGAAAAGACCAACCAGCAGGCAGAUCUCAUUAAAAAGCUGCAACGAAGGCUGCUAUUGGUUACAAAGGACCGCGACAGUAUCCGUAACAUCCUGGUGUCGUACGAGAGUGAGGUGACGCGAGCGGGGACGGAUGACGCCCUGCUGCAGAGGUUACAGGACAGCGAGGAGGCUGCACAGCGCUACCAGAGACACGUCACAUCCCUGGAGGAAGAUUUGCAAAGAGUGAAUGCGCAGGCCAGUGAAGAAAGAAUAAAAGCACACAAGCUGGAGGCAGAGCUUUCUCAGCUUAAGGCUUCCACCCCGGCCCCAGCCCCCAACCCUGUCAACAGUCAGGAGGUCGACAUGCUCAGGAAAAAGGUGGAAGAUCUGGAGAAGGAUCGACAGAAGGUGCUAGAGGAAAAGGAAAUCCUGGAGACUCGUGUGGAGCAGAGGCACCUACAGGGAGACUACGAUCCCACCAGGACCAAAGUGGUGCACCUGGGUGUGAACCCCACCAUGCUGGCUCGGCAGCAGAGGCAGGCGGAGCUGGAGAGACUACGGGAGGAGUGUGAGAAACUUCGGCAGCGCCUGAGAGCCGCGGAGGAGGGGGGCAGCGCUGACGUGACAGCCAGCAUACUGCACACACCCUCCAGCAGGGAGAUGGAAGAUCUUAAGAAGCAGCUGACGACGGCGGAGACGAAGAACACGCGACUGAAGGAGGUGUUUCAGCAGAAGAUUCACGAGUUCCGCCAGGCCUGCUACAUGCUGCUGGGCUACAAGGUGGACGUGGUGAAGGACAACAACUACAAACUCAUGUCCAUGUAUGCUGAGCGGCAGGAGGACUGCCUCAUGUUUCAGAUGGUGCCAGGCGGGGAGCUGCAGCUACUGGAGACGGAGUUCUCCAACUCCCAGGCCGUGAUGAUGAUGGUGGACCUCCACCUCAAGACCCAGCACAGUAUCCCAGCAUUCCUCAGCGCCCUGACCCUUGACCUCUUCAGCCAGCAGACCAUAGCUUGAAUCAUACAUAGCACGAUCCUUGUGUACCCUGAUGAAUAGUGAUGCAUACCGGUUCACUGGACUUGGAUCCGGACUUGUAAGAAUGUUUAGGUUCAAGUCCAAAAAAACCUAAAAGUCAAG